AUUCAAAUUCGAAUGAUCUUUCUCAUCCUUCACCACUCUAUUCUCUGAAACUUUCUUUCUCUCGCGACAACAAGCUCUCUCUCUCUCUCUCUUUAUCACUCACUCCCUCUCCAAAUUCCAUCUUGAUUACAAAGACUCCAUCUUUAUACAUGGAUCUUCCCCAAUCGAACGAUUUCCCCAAAGACCCACAAACCCUAAUUUCAGAGAAUAAAGACUCUUUGAUGGAAGAUGCUGACGAAUCAUUGUUCGAAUCGAUGGUCUGUGAUCCUAGUUCAAGACUGAUCCCAACUGGGUUUACGAGAUCCGAAAAUGCAGAGGAGGAGUAUGUUGUGUUUGUUAACGCGGGAGGGGAUGCUGCCUUUAAUGAAGCUGCUGGUGGAAUAAAAUUCCUAGGUGACACCUAUUUUGAUGGUGGCAACAUUAUGCGUACCAAUGAGCAAAUAGUGGAGGGUGGAGACUGCCCGUUUAUGUAUCAAUCAGCUCGGUAUGGAAGUUUCUCUUAUAGAUUUGAUAAUCUUCCUCCUGGAGAUUAUGUUGUUGAUCUUCAUUUUGUGGAGAUUAUUAACACAAAUGGGCCAAAAGGAAUGAGGGUGUUCAAUGUGUACAUCCAAGAAGAAAAGGUUCUAUCUGAAUUGGAUAUAUAUGCGGUUGUUGGAGCCAACAAGCCACUGCAGUUGAUUGAUUCAAGGGUGUCUGUGAAGGAUGAUGGGAUAAUUCUAGUAAGAUUUGAAAGUGUAAAUGGAAGCCCAGUUGUCAGUGGGAUUUGCAUUAGGAAAGCGGCAAAGGCUUCGGUUCCAUCAGUGACAAGUGAUUACAUAAAAUGCAACUACUGUGCUGGACAAAUUGAAAUUCCUUCAUCACAGAUGAAAGUUAUGCAGACAAAAUCUACUGCAAAGUAUGAGAAUAAGAUAAGGGAGCUGUCAAUGCAGUGUGAGCUCAAGACAAAAGAAUGCUAUGAGGCAUGGAUGUCGUUAACUUCAACAAAUGAGCAAUUGGAGAAAGUCCAGAUGGAACUUGACAAAGUGGCAUUUAGGUCACUCACUACUGAUCAAACUUUGGAGAAACAAGCUGAGAGCCUGAGGAGUAUUUCCAACAGGUAUGAGCUUGAUAAGAAGAAAUGGAAAGAAGAAAUUAGCAGUUUACAGGAAAAAGUAAAGUUGAUGAAGAGUGAUUGUUGUCAACUUUCCCUUGAAGCGCACGCAUGUGUUGAUUCUAUCCCUGAAUUAAAUAAGAUGGUUUUUGCAGUUCAGGAAUUGGUUAAGCAGUGUGAAGAUCUUAAGGUAAAGUACAAUGAAGAGAUGGCACAGCGAAAGAAGCUCUUCAACGAAGUUCAGGAGGCUAAAGGGAGCAUUAGGGUUUUCUGCCGGUGUCGUCCAUUGAACAAGGUUGAAAUGUCAGCUGGAUGCACAACAGUUGUGGAUUUCGAUGCAGCAAAGGAUGGAUCCCUUGGAAUUUUGACAAGUGGAUCGAACAAGAAAUCAUUUAGAUUUGACAGAGUUUAUACACCAAAAGAUGAUCAAGUUGAUGUUUUUGCUGAUGCAUCAUCAAUGGUAAUCUCUGUGCUGGAUGGCUACAAUGUUUGCAUCUUUGCUUAUGGGCAAACAGGAACAGGAAAGACAUUCACAAUGGAAGGAACAGAGCAGAAUAGGGGAGUUAAUUACAGGACUCUUGAGCACUUGUUUAAAAUUAGUAAGGAAAGGAGUGAAACAUUUUCGUACAACAUUUCUGUUAGUGUGCUUGAGGUUUAUAAUGAACAGAUCAGAGACCUAUUAGCUACGGGGCAAUCGUCAAAAAGGUUGGAGAUAAAACAAGACUCUGAAGGAUUUCAUCAUGUUCCUGGUGUUGUAGAAGCCAAGGUUGAUAACAUAAAUGACGUGUGGAAUGUACUGCAGACUGGAAGUAAUGCUAGAGCAGUUGGAAGUAAUAAUGUUAAUGAGCAUAGCAGUCGAUCUCAUUGCAUGCUCUGUAUAAUGGUAAGGGCUAAAAAUUUGCUGAAUGGCGAGUGUACCAAAAGCAAGCUUUGGCUUGUGGAUUUGGCAGGUAGUGAGAGACUUGCAAAGACUGAAGUGCAAGGGGAGCGGCUGAAGGAAGCACAAAAUAUCAAUCGAUCUCUUUCCGCCCUUGGGGACGUUAUCUCCGCUUUAGCAGCCAAAAGUAAUCACAUUCCAUAUAGGAACUCUAAAUUGACACAUUUACUUCAGGACUCGCUAGGAGGUGACUCUAAAACUUUGAUGUUUGUACAAAUAAGCCCAUCUGACCAGGAUUUGGGUGAGACUAUGAGCUCACUUAAUUUUGCAACUAGAGUGAGAGGCGUUGAGUUAGGACCUAUUAAGAAGCAAAUUGAUACAGGUGAACUUCAAAAGAUGAAAACAAUGCUUGAAAAGGCACGAAGUGAGUGCAGAAUUAAAGACGAAUCUAUGCGGAAACUAGAAGAAAGCUUGCAAGGCAUGGAGAGUAAGGCCAAAAGCAAGGAUCAUACUCACAGAAAUCUACAAGAAAAGAUUAAAGAGCUUGAAGGCCAGAUUGAGUUGAAAACAGGCGUGCAAAACCAGUCAGAGAAACAAAUUUCUCAAUUAUCUGAUAAACUGAAGGGAAAAGAAGAAACCUGCUGUACUCUCCAACAUAAGGUCAAAGAGCUAGAGAAAAAACUGAAAGAACAACUGCAGUCAGAGGCAGCAAGUUUUCAACAGAAGGUUUGGGAUCUAGAAAAGAAGCUGAGGGAUCAGGUGCAAGGGUCUGAGUCUGAGUCUGCCAUUCUGAAAGAAAAGAUCAAGGAGCUCGAGAGAAAACUGAAAGAGCAGGAACAGACCUCAGAGACCUUACUUCAACAACAGAGGAAGGAACUGGAGGAUAGGUACAGAGAGCGAGAGCAACAGUGGCAACAGACACAUUCUGUUGAUGCAGUAAAGGCUACACCAAAUGUAGCUAAAAGCUGCACAAAUGAUGAUCCAAGUGAGACUGAGCCUCGCAUUUUAAGGAGUGCAAACUCGGCAAUCCGCCAGAUGAGUCAAGGUUCUACUUUGUUCAAAGGGAAUGAUUCUACUCAUCAGAUAAGAAGCAAAAGAGAGUUCAGAAGCAAUGAAAUAGAGAACAAUUGUCCCAUGCCAUCCUCCUUAUACGAUAGAAAAAUCACAAGGAAAUCUGAUCCACCUAAAAUAGUAAGGGUUGGGAGGCCUGCUACAAAGCCAGUCAUUGCCACCCAAGCUCCAUUGUCUCACAAGAGAGCUAGCACAAGUAGAGACCAGGUUCAAGGAAUUAAAGAAAGAGAUACUAAGAAGAAAAUUUGGUCUAGAUAGAAGAAAAAUAGCUCCUUGUACGAAUAUUAUUGAUGAAUAUUGUUGAAUAUUAUUUGUGUGUAAUUUUACAUAUAAUUCCUUCUUCACUUAUUGUGAAACCAUGAGUUGAAUUUAAAAUUUCUAUUUGGAAAUCUAAUAUA